UUUGACAACUUUGACAUUUCAAUCACAAUUUCACCCGUGAAAAAACAAGGUUAGGGUGCACUUCACGAAAAAAUGUCUUUAUUUUCACACGGGUUGAGAAGACACGGCCGUGAUUUUCUUAGAUUGGGUCAGAGUGGUUUGAAUUUUGUUGGUGUUUGGGGUGGUGGUGUGACAUUUCGUAAUUACACGACACGAAGGAGUUUGAAAGGGGUGUUCAAAUUGGGGCUUGCCGGGGUCACUGUCGGGGCUCUAGUGGGGACUGGGUAUUCCAUUCAUAAGAUGAACCAACCUCGGGGGCACAUAAUCAACGAGGAGACCGCAAUACCGGUCCUGGGAGAGUUACCAAAAGUGGCCCCAAGUCGCCAGGUGCGGUUUCCUCAAGACCGGUCCGGCCUUAAACUAACACUGUAUCAAUACCAAACUUGUCCGUUUUGUUGCAAAGUUCGAGCUUUUUUGGACUAUUAUGGUAUUUCGUAUGAUGUAGUUGAAGUAGACCCGGUUUUGCGCCAAUCAAUCAAGUGGUCACCGUACAAAAAAGUCCCCAUUUUAGUAGCCGAAUUGCCUCAGGGCUACCAACCUUUAAACGACAGUUCCAUGAUCAUUUCUGCCCUAUCAACAUACAUAAAAGACAGGAAGGGUUUACGCGAGACCGUCAAAUGUUACCCCCAUAUCACUUACGUGGACGAGGACGGUAGCAAGAAAAGUGAAAUUAUGAACAAGUACUUUCUAGUAUUAGGAGAGAAUAAAAUUUCAAAGGAAAUUAAUGAAGAGCGACAAUGGCGGAAGUGGGUAGACGAAGUCUUCGUCCACGUCCUCUCCCCCAACGUUUACAGGACUCGAGAAGAGGCCUUCGAAGCCUUCAACUGGUUCUCAGAAGUGGGCGAAUGGGAGAAAAACUUCCCCUCAUGGGAACGCAAUCUUAUCAUUGUCGUGGGGGCCUCCGCCAUGUAUUUAAUCGGUAAAAGACUGAAGAAAAAAUAUAGUUUGAAAAACGACGUCCGGGAAAGUUUUUACGACAAUUGCAACUUUUGGAUGAAGUCAAUUCACGCAAAAGGGACGAAAUUCAUGGGGGGCGAAAGACCAAACUUGGCCGAUUUGGCCGUUUAUGGGGUUUUGUGCAGUAUUGAAGGGUGUCAGGCGUUCAAGGACAUUCUAAAACAUACGAAAAUCGCCGAUUGGUACUAUCCAAUGAAGGACGCGGUUAAUAGCCACGAGGGGGCCCAAUUUGUUUAAUUCUAAUUUAUUGUAGAGAAUUGGUUUUUAAAUAAAAUUGUUUUAUUGAGA